GACCAUAGUAGCAGUAUCUGCUGCCUUCAUAUAAUAAUAAUAAUAAUAAUAAGAAGAAGAAUCUCUACACCGCCGAUGCCAGUCUUCUUCGACGCGUGUCAGCAGGCGGCCGCCGCCGACCUCCGCAGGCUGCUCGACGGCAUCGCGAUCCGCCGCGGCUGCCAUCUCCGUCGCCGCGACGGCCGUCGGACCUCCGAGCCCGACGAUGAGGACGGCGGCGGCGGUGGCCGCCGCGUGAUUCAGAUCUUCGUGCGGACGCUAUCGCAGGGGACGGUGGUCGUGCGCGCGCCGGCGUCGGAGACGGUGGCGGCGGUGCACGGCCGCGUGGAGCGCGCCACCGGCGUGCCGCGCUCCGACCUCCGGCUCCUCCACUGCGGCCGCCAGCUGUCCCCCGGCGCCACCCUCGCCGGCGCCGGCGUCCAGCCCGGCGACACCCUCCACCUCUCGGCCCGCCUCCGCAGCACCCCCCAUCCCGACGCCUGGCGUCUCGCCGCCGCCGCCGAUGCCUGCGGCCACUCCAUCCCCGCCCUCGUCUCCCUCGCCGCCGCCGCCGAUCCCAGAAACGUCGACUUCCCGGGCCUCUACUUCUCCGGCGCCGCCGCCGCGCUCGUGAGCCUGUAUAACUCGACGUGCCCCAACGUCCGCCACUCCGCGGCCCGCGUCGUCCGCAAACUCCUGCUCUUCUGCCACCAGCUCGCGGCGGCCGUCGGGACGCGCGACCCGCUCUACCGCGAGUCGCGGUCGGCCGUCUUCGACCUCCUCAAGAGCCUGGGGCCGGCGCUGGCGGUCCAGACCCUCGUCCCCCUCGUCGCCGACACGGCGGCGUCGGUGGUCAAAGACAUCACAAUUCUCUUCGACGCCCCCCCGUCCCCGCCCCCGCCCCCGCCCCUCCUCGACCGGCUCUCCGACUUCCUGCGAUUGCUCGAAGAGGCGCUGACGGCGACCAGCUGCACGGAUCGGUCCCUGGAGGGGCUUCUCAGUCUGAUCGACGAGGACCGCUUCUAUCGGAUGCUUCACGACGCCCUGAGAAUUCUGAUGGAUGCAUUCAUCACUAUUUUAUCGACUGCCGGCAAUGUCCUGAAGCAGCAGGCCGGCUGUUCCGUCGGACAGCGGAAGCCGGCGCUGUGGCGCCAGGCCGUCGACGUUCUCACGGUCGUAAACAAUUUCGCGGAGAUUUUCCCCGAUUUCAGGCCGGUGCUCCGCGCGACCCUCUCGGCGACGGAGGAGCCGCUGGAUCUCCUGCUCCGGCAGGCCAAGAGGGGCACAAAUCUCCACUGGCUUCUCAAGUGUAAGGAUGUGGCGUUCUCGUUCGAGGCAAAGAGGAAUUUGGUGCUCAUGUUGCUCCCGGAGGUCGGGGCUUCGGACUUCGAGGAGCAGCACGAGAUGCUUAUCAACCGGUCGAACCUGCUUGCGGAGUCCUUCGAACAUAUCUCGCAAGCUAGCCCCUCAGAUCUGCGCUACGAGCUCCUUAUAGAGUUCAGAGGUGAGGAGGCCACAGGCCCUGGUGUGACCAGGGAGUGGUUUUUUUUGGUCUGCAGAAAGGUUUUCAGCCCGGAGAAUGUGCUUUUCUCGGCGUGCCCAGCCGAUCGUCGGCGGUUCUUUCCGAAUCCCGCAUCUUCUACAGAUUCUAUGAAUCUUGCAUACUUCAAGUUUAGUGGACGGUUGAUUGCAUUGGCUCUGAUGCAUAAAGUUCAAAUAGGCAUUACGUUCGACCGCACCUUUUUCUUGCAACUGGCGGGUAAACCUAUUACCCUGGAGGAUGUAAAGGAUGCUGAUCCAUUCUUAUACGCGAGCUGCAAAUGGAUUUUAGAUAUGGAUCCCGCCCUUGUUGAUUCGGACGCUUUAGGCCUGACGUUUUCUAGAGAUGUUGAAGUGCUGGGAUCUAUAAAGAAUGUCGAGCUUAGCACCGGAGGAAAGGAUAUUGUUGUAAACAGUACCAAUAGGGAGUCUUACGUCAACCUCCUUAUUGAACAUUCUUUUGUCACUUCAGUUGCUUAUCAGGUUGAGCAGUUUGCUCGAGGUUUUGCUGAUAUUCUUUCUGAUCGGACGCACCAACGGUUGUUCUUUGAGAGUUUGGAACUCGAAGAUGUCGAUCGUUUGUUAUAUGGAAGCGGUGGUGCCAUUAGCUUGACCGAGUGGAAACAGCAUACUAUGUAUGAAUGCUACAAAGAGAAAGAUGAUCAAAUACAGUGGUUCUGGAAGAUCAUUGAGGAGAUGUCGGACGAGCAGCGAAGAGUAUUGCUUUUCUUCUGGACAGCUGUGAAGUACCUGCCGGCGGAGGGAUUUAAAGGCCUGAAUUCAAAACUCUGCAUACAUAGAGCAACUUCCCCUGACACAGCUCUGCCCGUCUCCCAAACAUGCUUCUAUCGCCUUUCGAUCCCUGCCUACAGUUCCGAGUCCACCAUGCGCAAUCGCCUUCAAUUUAUCACACAAGAACAUGUUAGCUGCAGUUUUGGAAUGGGCUAGCUGGUGAAGAGUUCAUACUGAUUCUUCUGAAAGGUUUUAUUUACAUUGCAUAGAUGAAGAGGUGACAAAACUUGUUUCAAGUAGAAUAGAAUUGAGAAAAUAAUUUAAGGAAGGCAAAAAAUUGUCAAAUUUCCAAAACUGCAAAAGUGGGAUUUGUAUGCAGACAAAAUAUGUUCCAUUUUAAACAUUAUAUUUCCUGAACUUCCAGAUAUGUUCCGCUUUAGUCGCCGAUUGCAAGGGUAAUCUUCUUUUUUUUUUC